AUGUCCCAUUCAGCGUCCUCCUCAAUAUCGGCAACCCUGACGGCCAGCGGUAGCUCCCUUUCCAAUCCGAACCUUGAAAUUAGUAACGAAGAGAAGAAUAGUGUUGUCAUCAAGGUGGGAAUGGUUGGGGACUCUCAGAUCGGGAAGACAAGUCUCAUGGUGAAAUACGUGGAGGGAAGUUUUGACGAAGACUACAUCCAGACGCUGGGCGUUAAUUUCAUGGAGAAAACUAUCUCCGUUAGAAGAACGACUAUCACAUUUUCUAUAUGGGAUCUUGGAGGACAACGAGAAUUCGUAAAUAUGCUGCCACUUGUAUGCAACGAUGCCGUUGCGAUUCUAUUCAUGUUCGAUCUCUCACGCAAAUCGACGUUGAAUUCGGUGAAGGAAUGGUAUCGGCAAGCAAGAGGGUUCAACAAGACUGCAAUACCGUUCUUGAUAGGUACCAAAUUUGAUCAGUUCGCCACAUUUCCUCGAGAUGAACAAGAGGAAAUCACGAAACAGGCAAAACGGUUUGCUCGCGCGAUGCAUGCAUCAUUAAUAUUUUGCUCGACCUCGGCAUCAAUAAACGUACAAAAGAUUUUCAAGAUCGUGCUAGCUAAAGCCUUCGACCUCAAAUGCGUCAUUCCGGAGAUCGAAGGGGUAGGAGAACCUAUCUUGAUCUACGUGGAUGUAUAG